ACUCUUUGUCCCAAACUCUUCUUCAUUUCUCAUAUUUUCUUGCAAUUUGAUCACAAUAUGAUGAUAGAGUCUUGGAAUCCUCCUCUCCUACAUGACUACUCAAAGCUUUCGCGAUUACAAAGUAAUCGUGACUGCUCUAAUGAUGGAGUACUCAUGAUGGAAGAGUUGGAACUUCCGAUGAUAGACCUGAACGGUCUAAAAAGUGGAGAUGAGAGAGAAAUGAUUAGAUGUGAAAACGCGAUAGCCAAGGCUUCUUCUGAAUGGGGUUUUUUUCAAGUUGUGAAUCAUGGUGUGAGCCUUGAAUUACUAAGAAAAAUGAGAAAGGAACAAAUGAAAUUGUUUAAGGCACCAUUUGAAAUGAAAGCUACUUGUGGAUUAUUAAAUAAUUCAUAUAGAUGGGGAAAUUCAACAGCUACUUGUCCAAAACAAUUUAAUUGGUCAGAAGCUUUUCAUAUCCCUUUGACAAAAAUUUCAGAAGCUGCUUCUUAUGGAGAGUUCACAACUUUAAGGGAAGUGAUGGUGGAAUAUGCAACUUCAAUGCAAGAUUUAGCCAAAUCACUUGCUAGUGUUCUUGUGAGGAAAUUAGACCACAAAGAUAGUGAAAUUGGAGAAAUUUGCAAUGAGAAUUCAUGUUUUCUUAGAUUAAAUCACUAUCCAUCAUGUCAAAUAUCACAAGAAAUAUUUGGAUUAGUGCCACAUACAGAUAGUGAUUUCUUAACUAUACUUCAUCAAGAUGAAGUUGGUGGACUUCAAUUAAUGAAAGAUUCCAAAUGGGUUGCUGUCAAGCCUAAUCAAAAUGCACUUAUUGUUAACAUUGGAGAUCUUUUUCAGGCUUGGAGCAAUGAUGUGUACAAAAGUGUGGAACACAAAGUGAUGGCAAAUGGAAAGAAGGAGAGGUUCUCAAUAGCUUAUUUUCUUUGCCCUUCUUAUGAUUCUAUAAUUGGAAGCUGCAAAGAACCCUCUAUCUAUAAGAAAUUCACUUUUGGUGAAUAUAGAUAUCAUAUUCAACAAGAUGUCAAAUUGAUUGGCCACAAAGUAGGCCUCUCAAGGUUUCUUCAAUAA